AAAGAAGAAGAGCUGCAGUUUCCAGAGAGCGUCUAACAGGAGAGAUGAUACCACUUUCACGACAUUAUUAAAUGACAGGUUUAUUCUGUGUUCAGCAAAUUUUAUGAGUUAGCCUUUUAAUUAUAGCAUUAAAAUUAAUAAACUGUCGUGAAAACCUGAUUAUAGGAAAAGCGCUACUAAAAUCACACUUUUAUUUACUCUUCUCGAGUGCGACGCCAUAUUUUUUUCGCGUUUAAAUUUCCUGGAGCCGUGACUCAUCUUGACCCUGAAAGAGUCUCUACAUUUACCCAGCUUCCCCCUGGAACGUUUGACCUGUCCCUGGCCUUGGUGUGCAGUGCAGAGCUGCUAGGUGUCCGCGCUCGCCGGCUGUGGGAUUAACCGUUACUGGCUUCGUGACCGACUGCCCGGCUGGUGAAGUGGGAUCCGGAACAGGAGAGCUGAGCCACGAUGCUGAAAUGUAGGACAGUAUGGAGAAAGCUCGCGCCUCUGGCUAAAUGCUCGUCCACUCUGUGCCGGCAGAAUGUGAGAAGAACAGGUUUGAACAAUGGCCGAACACCAGUGUGCGUUCCUGCAGCCCGCAUGUCCACCGGGCCUGUGGGAGGAGGCGGAGACAACCUCAAGUAUGCUCUCCUGGUUGGAGCAGUCAGCGCUGGAGGCCUCCUUUAUGCAGUUGUAACCAUGAAGUCAGACCAAAGACGGUACAAGGAACGAAUGGAAGAACUUUCAACCAGACCACAGAAAACUUCUAUCACUGAACAAACCCAGUCAGAACCUCCUGCUGUCCCUGAAGACCAGCCCGCAGCAGCACCUUCGAUAGAAGAGACAAGCUCACCUGCAGAGGCUGAAGCCCCCAAAGAGGAAACAGCUCCUGAAGUCACCGACACCCCCCCAGCAGAUGAGCCGGUUCUAGAAGUGUCUCCAGAAGAGGCAGCAGCUGCUGUGCCUGUAGUAGAGGAGGAGCCGCUAGUGUCGUCUGAGCCGCCCCCGUCAGAGCUCUCAGAGCCGCCCCCGGUGGUGGAGAGCGUUGUACUAGCAGAACCUGCAGCAGCAGAACCUCCUGCAGCCGAGCCUCCAGAGCCCCAGCCUGAAGUUCUGGUAGAGAGUGUGGUUGACUCCACGCCCGUUUCCCUGAAGCUGCCCUCCCACGCGCCUUACCUCCUGAUCGGGGGCGGUACUGCCUCCUUUGCUGCUGCCAGGUCCAUUCGAGCGAGAGACCCCGGUGCCAAGGUUCUGAUUGUGACGGAUGAGCCUGACCUCCCGUACAUGAGGCCUCCUCUGUCUAAAGAGCUGUGGUUCUCUGACGAUCCCGCUGUGACGGAAACACUGCGCUUCAAACAGUGGAACGGCAAAGAAAGGAGUAUAUAUUUCCAGCCGCCGUCAUUCUACAUCAGACCGGAGGAUCUGGAGGGAGCAGAAAACGGAGGAGUGGCUGUUCUGAACAAUAGAAAGGUGGUUUACAUGGACGUAAGGGGUAACAAAGUCAAACUGGACGACGACACGGAGAUCUCAUACGACAAAUGUUUGAUAGCUACCGGUGGUAUUCCAAGAAAUCUUCAGGUCAUUGAAAGAGCAGGAGAGGAUGUGAUGAAGAAGACGACUUUAUUCCGCAAGAUUGAGGACUUUAAAUCACUAGACAAAGUCUCUAGAAAUGUGAAAUCAGUCACAAUUAUUGGGGGUGGCUUCCUGGGCAGCGAGCUGGCCUGCGCCCUCGGGAGGAGAUCCACCGAGUCGGGAUUGGAGGUGAUCCAGAUGUUUCCGGAGAAGGGGAACAUGGGAAAAGUGCUGCCUGAGUAUCUGAGCAACUGGACGACAGAGAAAGUCAAGACAGAGGGUGUCAAAGUUCUGACAGAGGCUUUGGUCAAAUCUGUCAACUGCAAAGAUGAUAAGUUAGAAAUCAGGCUGAAGGAUGGCAGAGUGGUGACAACAGAUCACAUCGUUGCUGCUGUGGGUCUAGAGCCGAAUGUGGACCUCGCCAAGUCUGCAGGUCUGGAGGUGGAUUCUGAUUUCGGAGGCUAUCGGGUCAAUGCGGAGCUGCAAGCAAGGUCCAACAUUUGGGUGGCGGGAGAUGCAGCGUGUUUCUACGACAUCAGGCUGGGCCGCAGACGGGUGGAGCAUCACGACCACGCCGUCGUGAGCGGGAGACUAGCAGGAGAGAACAUGACAGGAGCCAGCAAACCCUACUGGCAUCAGUCUAUGUUCUGGAGUGACCUGGGACCUGAUGUGGGCUAUGAAGCCAUUGGGAUUGUCGACAGCAGUUUACCAACCGUGGGAGUGUUUGCCAAAGCCACUGCCAAGGACACACCUAAAGCUGCCACAGAAAAGUCAGGAACUGGCAUCCGCUCGGAGAGUGAAACAGAGGACACGGCAGUCAGCCCGGUGGCCUCUGACACACCCAGUCCCGCUGCAGAGCACAAAGAUGACUUCGGCAAGGGAGUCAUCUUCUACUUGAGAGACAAAGUGGUGGUGGGCAUCAUCCUGUGGAACGUCUUCAACAGAAUGCCCAUUGCCAGGAAGAUCAUCAAGGAUGGAGAGGAGCAUGCAGAUCUGAACGAAGUGGCCAAGCUGUUCAACAUCCACGAGGAUUAGGGUUAGGCUCACACUCAGGGAGGGGGGGCGAGUUUUUGCUUCAAACGAAGAGUGAACUCUGGCAGCGAUUGCCACAUCAACACGUUUUGCAUACCAAACAGGAGGAUCAAUGUAAAUUAUGUUGGUUAAAUAUUUUCAUAUUUUGAUUCUAUCUGCUGCUCUUGUGUUUUAUUUUAUUUUUUUAUUUGUUUCUGCUGAGUUUGUUUCUUCAAUGUUUUCCGCUUCUUCUUUCCCCCCACAACAGCCUGAAUUGUGUUGUGAUCAAAGGAGCUUCUCCUGGGAAAAAAAAAAAAACCUACAAUAAAAGCUAUUUUUAAA